AUGACGAUUGAGUAUAUUCAUCAACUUCUUAAGGAACAUGAAGCAAAGCAAAAGAAGAGCAAGAAUAAGAAAGCGCAGGAAGGAAUCAAGUGGGAGAAAGAUAUUCUUGACUAUCUAGAGGUAAAUGAUCAACUGCUAGAGUGGCGUGAGAAUGUUUCGCAUUACGACUUAGCAAAGCGUACCGAUUACCUCAUUCCUGCUGCCGCUCAUGUACGCGCUGAAGAGGUACGCGAAGGCGAAGAUCGCUGCAAGCCAUAUCAACAUAGGCAUAGUCCAUUUAUGGAUUGUCGUCGCUUCACUGAUAAAGACAAAGAUAUCUUCCACAGCGCGUGUACUAACUGCGUGUUUGGUAACAACGCACACCGCUGCACAUUCUACACUGGUUCGGUAACAGAGAGGCGUAACCGUCGCAAGGAGGCGCUUGAAGAGCAGAAUAUUAUCCCUCGCCAGCGUAGACGUUUUAAGCAGCUUCUUCAAACCGAUACGUCCGACGCGGAUGCAUUAGGUGUUGCGCAAGAUAUCAUGCUUGAGGGCUCUGACGCGCCUGCUGACAUUGGGUAUGAAUCUGAGUUCGCGACAAACCGUGAUGUAAUUGGCCGUGUUGCUCAGCGACGUCAAUCCAUCUCUACGCCAUCUGCACGUUGUCGCCGCGCCGGUACUGUGUCUUCACCUAUCCAUAGUGACCGCGCGCGUACGGUUGAGGAGGAGGACGACGACGACACGCCGUUAGCUCAUCGUCGUGCCGCGUGUGUUGAGAUUCCCAGUCGUAGAUACAGCGUACAGACUAUCCAGACUAUAGAGGACGACGAUAACGAAGGAGAAGACGAUACUGAAGACGAUGAAGACGAUAAAGACAAUGAAGACGAUGGUAAGCUUUGGGCCCUACAUCUUGCGCGUAUAGAUAACGCACAUCUGUAG